AUGGAAUUGACCAGAAAAACCACAAACCCCCAACGUCUUCCUCCCCCUGCUCUCUUUCAGGGUCCACCUUCACAUAAUGCCUCGAAUAUCUCUCUAUCCGUACCACCCUCAUCUUCGGCCUUGGCGACUCCCUCUGGGAGCCAACCCCCACCUGUCUCCCGAAAUCGUACACCCCAAGGAGCAGAGGGUAAAAAUGCCGAGAGAUCAAGCCUGCUGUCGCCUUUCGUUUCUCGUCGGCAAUCCAAAAAUGACCCAGAUGGAUCCGACGCCAUUUGGCAAGAGAUGCAAAGCGCGUUAUCAGAGGUGGAACUUAGCGCUGUAACAAGUGAGAACGUGUUUGGAGAGAAGCACUCGGAAGCGCUGGAGGACCUACGCUUGAAGCAACUCAAGCUCGCUCAAGCCUGGGCACGCAGCGAAGCAGAUGAUGAAGUCGUGGACCCAAGCCAUACUGGCCCCGAUGCGGUCAGUACCAAAGACAACUCCACCCGACGGACUGAAACCAAUAUCAAGGAUGAUGCUGCCACUGAAGCCAGCGCUGGACGCGGCUCGGUAUCUCAUCAUACGCUGGACGAGGAGACGGAGAAAGAUAUCCGUCUUGCGCGCAAACGCCGUGAGGCUAAUGAUCGGUACUUCGAUCGCGUAAAUCAGGGUGUUUUGGAUGUCGUUGCCAAGCUCGAAGAAGUCGCCCAAGCUAUGCGUACCGUGGAGCGAGAGAGCAAGGAUAUUUGGAGCGAUUCGGAGAGUAUUGCCACAACUGCGCCAUCCUCAACUCACUGA